AUGCCAGCCCGCGGAUCUAGACGAGACAGCCGCAGUCGGCGGAGCCCCAGCUACAGGCGCAGAAGCCCGAGCUACAGGCGGGAUGACAGGAGGGGCGGCGGAGGCGACCGAGGCCGGUCCCGCCGAGGAAGCCGAAGUCGCAGUGGAGGCCGUGGUGGCAGCAGGUAUAGCCCCCCGCCACGUCGCACCCCGCCUCGUGACCGUCGCUUUAGCCGCAGCCGCAGCAGGCGUGAGCGCGAGGCACAGAAGCGCCGUGAGGCUGAGAAGAAGAAGAUGGAGAAGCGCAUCCCGCCCCCAGCCGUCCGAGGUCCAGACAAGCCACAAAUCACGGAGGAGCACAAGGCAAACUCGGUGGAGUUCAAUGGCCGGUACUACGCAACCAUCGAUUUCACACCCCCCAACUCAGGUGGAGAUUCCGCCGGUCAGAAAGCACGUAUUCAGAUGCCCUAUGGCUGGGAGGUGGCGGACAUCACCGACGACGUCCGAGACGCAGUUGUGAAGCUCUACACCUUCGGCACGGACCUUGUGGUGGGAGAGGGCGGGAAGGCUUUCCACACAGCCAAAGGAGCACGUCCAGGGGCGCUCGAGAUGAUUUGGGACUAUAAGAAGGAUAUGGGCAUGUACAACUUGCACCAGGAUGGAAGCCUGUCCAACAAGAACGGCCGACAACUUGGAGUAUCCGGCGCUGCCGACACAAGCAUACCGUUCGCUGACCUCUCAGCCUUUUCCACGAGCCAGCUGGCAUUCCCCUUGCUGCACGCAUUGUUCCCAGCCAUGUCCGUAAUCUCGGGAUGGUCUUUCCUCGACGAGCCGGGCUUCUUCUCCGCUCAGAAGGAGGACAAGUCCCGCAACAAGGACUUGAAGCAAGGCACCGACUCCGACCAACAGCCCGUCUCCACGCAACUCAACGAUCCGGCGCAGCUCACACCGCUGCAGACGUGUCUGAGGCAUCCCCUACGAUCCAGCGACAUGGAGGACGAGUUUUGGGAGGGAUCCAGCAGCAGCUCUUCGAGCUCUAUGUGCAGCUUCGUCGGAAACACGGCGGUCCGCUACACGCCGCAGCCGCCCCCAUCGUGGCAAGUGCAGCCCUGUAAGAACUUCGUGUCCGACGGGGAGAAUGGCAGGGAGGGGGGAGGGGCGAGAGAGCUCAGAAGAGUUGGAAUGGCGGUGGGGGAGAUUGGUCUCGGCCAUCCGAACGCGAAGCUCGUGCUCGGACUUCUUGGCGGACGAGCCGAAGACGAGUGGGAGUGA